AUGGCUGCUGAACAGGAGAGACGUGCUACCGACCAUCCUUCUCUAAUGCGACGCUUUUGGCGUAGUCUGUGCUGGCCGUUCGGUCGAGUUCGUUCUCAGACGUCUUUUCAGGACGUCUGUGGUGGCGAGACCGAACCGGAGGGCAGUGUGGACGCAGAGAACCAGACAGUUAUGGAGGGAUACUUGUUCAAGAGGGCCAGUAAUGUCUUUAAAAUAUGGAACAGGCGCUGGUUCCUGAUUCAGAACAACCACCUUAUGUACAAGAAGAAAUCCGGGAAUAUCAUGGUGGUCAUAGCUGAUUUACGCCUGUGCACGGCCAAACACUACAAGAGCAUCGGACGCCGUUGCUGCUUCCAGGUGGUUUCACCUACAAAGAUCUGGGUAUUGCAGGCCGAUUCAGAGGAGAGAAGAGAGGCUUGGAUCAGAACCAUUCAGAACAUGGUUGCUAACACCGAUGGUGACAGAACAGACGAAUCCAUCACUUCCCAAUCAAAUGAGGUGGUGGAUUUGAGCCCAAAACAGGAAGGAUCCAGUAGCUCCUCUGAAUCACGAGGAUCCCAACACACAGAGAGAGACUCGCUACGUCCACCAUCCACUUCUGGAACCUCAGCUGAGCUGAGUCUUGGUGAAAUUGUGCUGGAAUCGGCUGCUGUGUUGGACUCCCUCUCUGAUGCUUCUCUAGCGAGCAGUGUCGAGAGUGUUAAAGGUACAGUUGGAGGGACCUCACACAUCGAAGAGAGCCCGGAGGAACUGAGCACCAGCACUUCCUGCAGCGACUCCAUUCACACAGCUGGUGAGAAGAGCACGACUACAGGAAAGCACUCGGUCCAGAGAGGCAGCGCUCCUUCCAAAGAGUGCUUCGAUAGCCUGUACGGAGUCGGAAAGCUUCUGGGUAAAGGAGGCUGCGGUUCUGUGUUUGCAGGACUUCGUAAGGCCGAUGGAAAACAGGUUGCUAUUAAGAUUGUGCUGAAGAGUGGCUGUGACAGAUUCAUCACCAUUCCUGGUGAGAAGAACGGUCUCCCUGUAGAGGUGGCGUUGAUGCUGAUGGUGUCCGAGCCACCUCACUGCGAACACGUCCUGGAGCUCCUGGAAUGGUUCGACAUGCCCGAGUGCUACGUCUUGAUCCUGGAGCGACCCGCCCGCUGCAUGGACCUCUUCGAAUACCGCAGGAACGGCUCACUUCCCGAACGUCUGGCUCAGGUCAUCAUGUGGCAGGUGGUUCUCGCCGCCCGUCAUUGCCGUGAUCGCGGCGUUCUCCAUCGGGAUAUCAAGGAGCAGAACCUUCUGGUCAGUUUCGACACGUUAGAGGUCAAGCUCAUAGACUUUGGCUGUGGGGACUUGCUCAAGUCGACACCCUACAGACGUUUUGCAGGCACCAUACUAUACGCCCCACCUGAAUGGAUCGAGGAAGGUAAGUAUCAUGGUUGCGCUGCAACGGUGUGGAGCCUGGGCGUCCUUUUGUUUGUUCUAGUGUGUGGAGAGCUGCCAUUCUGGAAUGAGAGGGAGAUCGCUGCUGGACACCUGAUCUUCAAAGCUGGUGUGUCUAUGGCCUGCCGUCAUCUGAUAAGACGCUGCCUGGCCAAGGAUCCGAAUAAGCGACCCAGCCUCGAGAUGAUCCUGGAGCACAACUGGUUUUCAGAGAUCCUUAGGAACUAAGUCCAGGCACCUGUAUGGGUUUGUAGCAGACAAAUCAUGGGUGAGCAUAUUGGAGACUAAGCAAUGACUAAAUGUGUGUGAACAAAACCGUCCACUGUUUGCUUUCAUGUAAUGUCAAAGUAAUCUGAGAGCAUGAACACCAGAAAACACAACAGGAGUGAUUUGGAGAUCAGAAACAUUUUGUGGAUCAGCUUGACGAGUCAGUCGACUGAAUAAUACUGAAGUUUUUCAAGCUGCUUUUCAUCCGUUUCCCCCCUUCGAUAAUUAUUACCUUCACAUCCCCUUAACACAUGAUGGAAAUCAAUCUCACAUUAUGUUUUCACCACCACAGCACAGGUCUGCUACAAGAACACAUCCAGAGCUUUUUAGCUGAGGUUCAGAUCAUCUCCGUUCCUCAGCACCGUGUACAAACCACGCCAGGUCAGAAAGAAAGCCCCAUCAAUGAACAAGUCUAACCUACUGGAAGAUGCAACCAGAUCAGAUUUGGGCAUAAGCAUCUGGCAGAAGAUGACACGUCUUUGAGUCACCACAAUAAUCUACGAUCAACGACCACGUCUGUCGUCCUGAAAGCACUUUGACCUUCUCUGUGGUGGUGUAUGAGACAAGAGAGGAAACAAAACCAAUAAAAUAUUGAAUAAAA